AUUAUUAAUUAUGUAAUUAGAAAAAGAGAGCAAGUAGUCGUUUCUUUAUAAAUUACCUUUAUAAAAGACAUGGGUAUAAUGGUUAGCACUUGGAUUAGCUUGCUUUCUAUUAUUUGGAGAUGCAUAUGCUUUUGAUAAUCCAAUGGCAUUAUAAUCAACAAUACAAACAGAAAUGAAUCUUAAUAAUGUUUAAUUCAAUAUGCUUUAUUCAAUAUAUUCAGCUCCAAAUAUCAUAUUACCAUUUUUUGGUGGAAUUUUAAUUGAUAAAAUAGGAGUAAGAGUAAGUAUCUUGAUAUUUUCAUCAAUAUUAAUAUUGGGAUAGAGUAUAGUAGUGAUUGGUGGAUAUACAUUAUCAUAUGGAACAAUGUUAGCUGGCAGAUGUAUAUUUGGUAUAGGAUCAGAAAGUUUGAAUGCAGCAUAAGCAGCAAUAAUGUCUUAAUGGUUUUAAGGAGGAUAAGUAAGUUUAGCUUUAGGUUUAUGUUUAUCAAUUCCAAAAUUAGGAAGUGCUAUGAAUAGUUUAGUAAGUCCUUUGAUUUAAGCAAAUCAUGGAGAGUUAGGAUUUACAUUUUUAGUAGGAUUAUUUAUAGUGAUAUUUUCAUGGUUUUGUGGAUUAGUUUUGAUCUAUUUAGAUAAAAAAAAUGAAGAAUUAAUGAAAUUAUGGAAAGAAUUGAAUCCGAUAGAAGUCAAUAAUGAUAUUAAAGAAGUAUCCUCUGCUUAAGAAAUGAGUUUGUAGAUUAGAAAAAGUGAAUCUACUGAAAGUGAUAGAUCAAUUUCAUUAUUAGACGAUGAAGAUGAUGAUGAUAAAGAGGAUGAUAAAGAAGAAGAAGUAACUAAUCAUGAGACAAAAGAAGAGAUUAAAUUAUCAGAUUUAAAAUAUUUAGAUGGAUCAUAUUGGAUAUUAUCAUGCAUUAUAAUGUUAAGUGAAGCACUUUUUGUUCCUUUUUUAGAUAAUGGAAAUGCGUUCUUUUAAGUUAAAUUUGGUUUUAGUUAAUAAUCUGCAGGUGUUUUACUAACAAUUCCAUAUGUAUUUGCAGCAUGUGUAACUCCAUUUGUAGGAAUAUAUGGGGAUAAAAUUAGAUAAAGAUCCUUAUUAAUUGUCUUAACUACUAUUAUCUUUAUUAUCACUCAUUUAUGUCUGUUACUUAUAUAUUGUAAUGUAAUUCUAUCAAAUUGAUAUUUUACUAGUCUGCUUGUGGAGUAUCAGCUCUACCUUUAUUAUCAUUAGGCCUUUGUUUUUCUUUUUAUUCUGCAAUUUUAAUACCCUCUAUUCCAUUAGUUGUUAAAUCAUAAAUGAUUGGUAUUAUAUUCUAUAAUAUUAAUUAUUAGGAACUGCUUUUGGAUUAUUAGGUGUUAUGUAAAAUACAGCUUUAGCUUUAUUUCCUCUCAUUACUGGAAGCUUAUAUAAUAGUCAUCUUAUUAAUGAGUAAGGAUAAGUAGAUCCAUUUCAAGGGUAAUAACUAUUAAAUACUUUUAUUUUAGAUAUGUUUAUUAAUCCUAUUUCUUUGUUGGUGUUAGUUGCUUUAACUUUGUUAUUGCUAUCACUUUAUAUUUAUUCGAUAAAAAUGGAAGCAAGAAAUUGAGUAGAUUAAAGACCAAGAGUAAAUGA